UGUGCGUGUGUGUGUGUGUGUGGAAGGCGUGGGCUUCUCCACAGCAUCAUCAUCAUCAUCACUCGCUUCACAGCAACAGCCUCCUCCUCUUCCUCCUCCUCACCGCCACCAUCCUCAUCCUCACCAGGGCUGAGACGUCGCAGGCUUCACGGGGAUUCUGUGAGGGAUUCAUCCGUCAGACAGAAGAUCCAGGUGGCCAGAAUCCUCAAAUCGGUUCAUCUCCCAGCCUCGCAAGAUGGAGGACGGCUAUCAGAACCGGACCGCCUUCAUCAAAGGUGCCAAAGACAUCGCUAAGGAGGUCAAGCGCCAGGCCUCCAAGAAGGUGGGCCGCUCGGUGGACCGCGUGAACGACGAGUACAGCCGGCGCUCCUACAGCCGCUUCGAGGAGGACGACGAUGACGACUACCCGGCGCAGGGCGGCCAGGACGGCGGCGGCUACUACCGCGGCGACAGCCAAGCGGCCAACGAGGACGACGAGGGCGGCCACAGCGACUCCACCGAGGGCCACGACGAGGACGACGAGAUCUAUGAGGGCGAAUACCAGGGCAUUCCCAGGGCCGACUCGGGCAAGGGCAGCCUGGCAGGCGGGCCCGGCUCGGUGGCGGCCGGCGCUCAGCAGUUCCGAGACAUCGGUGUGUCGGAGGCGGAGAGGAGGAAGGACCAGGAGGAGCUGGCCCAGCAGUACGAGACCAUCCUGCAGGAGUGCGGACACGGAAAGUUCCAGUGGACCCUCUACUUUGUGCUGGGCCUGGCGCUGAUGGCCGACGGCGUGGAGAUCUUUGUGGUCGGCUUCGUCCUCCCCAGCGCUGAGAAGGACAUGUGUCUGUCUGAACCCAACAAGAGCAUGCUGGGUCUGAUUGUGUAUUUCGGCAUGAUGGUGGGGGCGUUCCUCUGGGGAGCUCUGGCCGACCGCAUCGGCCGCCGACAGUCUCUCCUCAUCUCCCUGUCCAUCAACAGCAUCUUCUCCUUCUUCUCGUCCUUCGUGCAAGGAUACAGCACCUUCCUCUUCUGCAGGCUCCUGUCAGGUGUUGGCAUCGGAGGCUCCAUCCCCAUCGUCUUCUCCUACUACUCCGAGUUUCUGUCGCAAGAGAAGCGAGGCGAGCACCUCAGCUGGCUCUGCAUGUUCUGGAUGAUUGGUGGGAUUUACGCGUCGGCCAUGGCCUGGGCCAUCAUCCCUCACUACGGUUGGAGCUUCCAAAUGGGCUCGGCCUAUCAGUUCCACAGCUGGCGUGUGUUUGUAUUAGUGUGUGCCUUCCCCUCUGUAGCCGCCAUCGCUGCCCUCAGCGCCAUGCCAGAGAGCCCACGCUUCUACCUGGAGAAUGGAAAGCACGAUGAAGGCUGGAUGAUUCUGAAGCAAGUUCACGACACCAACAUGAGAGCCAAGGGACACCCAGAAAAAGUCUUCACUGUCACCACCAUCAAGACGGUGAAACAGAUGGAUGAGUUAGUGGACAGUGGCACCGACACACCCGUCUGGCAACGCUACAGACUUAAAAUCAUGAGCCUCUCCCGGCAGAUUCGGAAUAAUAUUGUUGCCUGCUUCACCCCGGAAUACAAACGGACCACCUUCAUGCUCAUGGCUGUUUGGUUCACCAUGUCAUUCAGCUACUACGGCCUGACCGUGUGGUUCCCGGACAUGAUCAAAUACAUCCAGAAGCAGGAGUACGAGUCCCGCACUAAGACCUUCAGCAAGGAGCGUGUUGAGCACGUCACCUUUAACUUCACCCUGGAAAACCAAGUGCACCGCCAAGGCCACUACUUUAACGACAAGUUCCUCAAUCUAAAGAUGAAGUCAAUGGUGUUUGAGGACUCCAUCUUUGAAGAGUGCUACUUUGAGGACAUCACAUCUACGCACACCGUCUUUAGGAACUGCACCUUCAUCGCCAGCCUGUUUUACAACACAGACUUGUUCAAGUACAGGUUUGUGGACUGCAAGCUGGUGAACAGCACCUUCCUCCACAACAAGGAGGGCUGCAUGCUGGACUUCAGCGACGACUUCAACAACGCCUACAUGAUUUACUUCGUCAACUUCCUCGGCACGCUGGCCGUCCUGCCCGGCAACAUCGUCUCGGCUCUGCUGAUGGACAAAAUAGGUCGUCUAAGAAUGCUGGCGGGGUCCAGCGUCAUAUCGUGUGUUAGCUGCUUCUUCCUGAUGUUUGGAAACAGCGAGUCCGGGAUGAUAGCCCUCUUGUGCCUCUUUGGCGGCAUCAGCAUCGCUUCAUGGAAUGCUCUGGAUGUCAUAACGGUGGAGCUCUACCCUUCAGACAAAAGGACCACGGCCUUUGGCUUUCUGAACGCCCUGUGUAAACUGGCAGCCGUCUUGGGCAUAAGCAUCUUCCAGUCCUUCGUGGGCAUCACCAAGGCCGUGCCCAUCCUCUUCGCCGCCGGCGCCCUCGCCGCAGGUAGUUUCCUCGCCACAAAGUUGCCCGAAACACGGGGCCAGGUGCUGCAGUAGAAGCCGGUGUCCAGCUGGGCGGUGCCCAAAGCUCGGCGCGAGGGCUUGAUACCUGCAGAGAGGGGGGGGGGGCCUCAUCCCUUCAGAGCUUCAGCGCCGCCUGUCUGUCACACUCCCAAACAACCACACACACAAACUCCCCAUUUUUCCUUUUUUUUAUGUCACACCUAGAAUCCUCUGAAAUGUGGAUGAUCUCAUUGUGAUCGACAGGAGAGCACGCAGGUGCACAGAAAACAAGCCAUUCUCCUAUAGGAAGCAUCGCCGAGUGCGUUUCUUCCUUCAUGGCCUGGCUGCUUUGUUUCAUGUUAUUUUGUUAGUUUACUCACAUUUGUCUUAAUUGCGUUAAUCUCCUCCUCAAAAACAUUUCCCAGGAUUCUCUUGUUCAAUUUAAAAUGGGGACACCUUAGUCCCGCCCCUCCCUGUGUGUCUCCGCACAGCGCCCACUACUGGGCAUUUUUUUUCAAUUCCGUGUUGACAGUUUAGUUGCCUUUUUUUUUUUAAGUGAAAGAGCGUUCGUGUGUGUGUGUGUGUGUGUUGGAAAACUUGCAUCAUUCCAAGAUUUAAACGUUUUAAAAAAUAUAUUUAUUACAUUGAUAGCUUCUGGUUCUGGAGAGCAGAAUGUAUCAAGCAGCAUCAGCAGAGUUUACACUAUUUAGACAAUAAGGAUCCGCAGGUGAGUGCUUCGCUUAUGUUUACAUAAUUGAGUCGUACGUUCUGCGGUUUUAAAACGAUCAAUGCGUUUGUUUUAUUGAUAUUACUCCAUGAUACUCAUAAGCACAAACGGAUCAAUUUAAGUGUGGUUAUCGAUUAGGUAAUGGGGCACAAAACGGGACGUUAGAAACACCAACAACGCCAACUAAAAGACAUAUUUAGCUUCAUACUUUAUAAGCAUAUAAUUCCCCAUAAUGUUUACUAUUGGUUUGUUUGCAGACAAUCAACGAAUGCUUUGUGUGUUUGGAGUUUACCUACCAUAAACAGCCGUUAGCUUACCUUUAAGCCAGAAAACACUAAAACACCGGAAGGUAAAGCCAACAAUGCACAAAUAGACAACCAGUUAGGGCUGUGCGAUAUGGCCUUUUGUAAAAACCUCGAUAUUUUUUAGGCCAUAUCACGAUACACGGUAUAUAUCUCGAUAUUUUGCCUUAGCCUUGAAUGAACACUUGAUGCAUAUAAUCACACCAGUAUGAGAAUUCCAUGUGUCUACAUUAAAACAUUUCUUGUUCAUACUGCAUUAAUGUAUGCUGAUUUUAAACUUUCAUGCAGAGAGGGAAAUCACAACUAAGUCAUUUGACCAAAAGUGUAUUUAUUAAACAGUUAUUAAGCAGUGGCACAAACAUUCAUGUAAUUUCCAAAACAGAAAGUGCAAGAUUGUCAGAGACAUUUUAAAACAAGCUAUUUGUGCACUUUAGUGCAUGAUGUCACUAAGAUGACAUAUCAAAACAACACUAAAUUAAAGUGCACUUUUUGUACUGAACGCCAUUACAAUAGUUUAAAACAAAGUGCACUUUUGUGCAUGAUUUUUUGGGCGUAUGGCACAGAAUGGAGAUGUUGACAUGCCGAAUAAAAUCUCUUCAUUCUCUAGCAGGUGACCAUUCA